UCAUCUGUGUGUGUGUGUGAGUGGAUCAUGUCAUUUAGACAGACAGCGUCUUCACACACGGACCAGAUGUUUUAUUGUAGAACAGUCUCCCUCUCACUCAUAAUGUCGUCUAGUCAGAUCUGAAAUAUAUCUUAUGGGAUCAUCUCAUUGAGAUAAUAGCCUACUCAAAUAAAUUAAUAGAACCGGUCGUUUUAUUUAGACAAAUAGUUUUUAGUUAUUUUUCUUUGCUGCCAAAUUCGAUAGGGAACAGUUUGACAGUCGUCUAUCAGCUUAUCCAGAAGAAUGAAUAAGUGGUAGCUCUCCAUCCACCGUUUCCAUGCAACAGCGCGUGUGGCUGUGAAGCACGCGGAGGGAUCGAUGCUGUAGGCAGAGAGCGACGGCACGGUAGAUCUGGACCCGGAGCGUCUCUUUAAACCCGAUGGAGGGACACGAUGUUGGAAAUGAGCUGCUUCGCAGCGUCACCCAUCCCGAUAGUGCCGAGGAGCCCGGUUCUCCUGCCCUAGCCUGUGAGCACUAUGGCAGCCCGCAGCAGGAGGUGACUGCCACGAUGAGGAGGAACGACAGUUACCUGCCAGUCCCUGGCGAAGAGAAGAGCCUGGAUGUGGACUUUGUCAACACCAAGGACGGGAGCGACGAGUCCAUACCAAUGAAAAAUCGUUAUGCGGAUGAUGGCUCACCUCUGUAUCCACGGCAAGGCCCUUACUUCUCUGACGGGCAGCGGCGGGUGGACUACGUGCUCACAUACCAGAUCCAGAAGCCCAACAGCAUCCGGCGCCAGUCCUCCAGGUUUGGGGACAACAACUUCAUCCAACGGUUUUGUCACAGCCUGAACGUUAGAAGCCGACGCGCUGAUGCGCACCCAAAGGAGGACCCGGAGAUCGCCGCCCAGGACCAACGGACUGACUAUCAUGAGGAUGACAAGCGUUUUAGGCGGGAGGAGUUUGAGGAAAACAUCCUGGAGACAGGGCUGGAGCUGGAAAGGGACGAAAGGACUAAUAUCCCUGGAAUUGGCUUCAUGAAGAUCCAUGCUCCUUGGAACGUUCUGUGUCGGGAGGCUGAGUUUAUGAAGCUCAAGAUGCCAACAAAGAAGAAUUACGAAGUGAAACACGGCAGUAAUCUGGUGGAGAAGGUCCGUCUCUUCAUUCACAAAGUCACAGCUCCUCUCCACCCGAAAGUAGACACCAGCCGGCAACAAAGCGUCAAAUUCCUCUCUCACCCUUUCUCCAGAGAGAAGCAGCAUCUAUUUGAUCUGUCGGACAGGGACAAGUUCUUUGACAGCAAGACCAGGAGCUCAAUAGUCUAUGAGGUACUGAAGAGGACUAGAUGCACCAGAGCCAAAUAUUCCAUGGCAUAUCGAUCCCGGUCAUUCAAAGACUCAACGGCAGAUGGUUCAGUGAACCGUGGGAUAACCAGUCUGCUAGCCAAUGGUGUCUAUACAUCUGCUUAUCCUCUGCAUGACGGAGACAUCGAGGGGGUGAAUGCAGAACCUAACGACAGGAAGCUGCUGUACGAGCAGUGGGCCAGCUACAGCUACUUCUACAAGUACCAGCCUAUUGGACUCAUCAGGAAAUAUUUUGGGGAGAAGGUUGGACUGUACUUUGCCUGGUUAGGAGUCUACACACAGAUGCUGAUCCCUGCAGCCAUAGUUGGAGUCAUUGUAUUCCUCUAUGGCUGCGCCACCGUCGACGAUAACAUACCGAGUAUGGAGAUUUGUGAUCCCAGGCACAACAUCACCAUGUGUCCGCUCUGCGAUCGCGCCUGCAGCUACUGGAAGCUGGUGACGGCGUGUGGUACAGCCCGAGCCAGCCACCUGUUCGAUAACCCAGCCACUGUCUUCUUCUCCAUCUUCAUGGCCCUCUGGGCGGUUCUGUUCAUGGAGCACUGGAAGAGACGACAGAUGCGACUCAACUAUAUCUGGGACCUGACGGGCUUCGGAGAGGAGGAGGAGGAGGAGCAUAAGGACCACAACCGAGCCGAGUACGAGUUCCGGGUCAUGCGAAAGACAAUAAGAAAGGAGCACCCAACCCCGAAGAGAGAGGAAAGUGAGAAGGGGAAGGAGAAGGGGAAGGAGAAGCUGACGUGUACAGACAGACUGCCAGCUUACCUGACCACUCUGGUGACGAUGGUCUUCAUGAUCCUGGUGACAUUUGCCAUAGUCUUCGGGGUCAUUCUGUAUCGGAUUAGCAUUAAAGCAGCCCUGCACAUGAGCACCUACUCUGCCCGGUCCAACAUCCGAGCCACUGUCAAGGGCACGGCCGCCAUCAUCAACCUCGUCGUCAUCAUCAUCUUAGACGAAGUCUAUGCCGCCAUUGCCCGCUGGCUUACCACACUGGAGGUUCCAAAGACGGACAAGAGCUUUGAAGACCGCCUCAUCUUCAAAACCUUUAUCUUGAAGUUUGUCAAUGCAUUCACACCCAUUGUCUACUUGGCUUUCUUCAGGGGCAGGCUUGUUGGGCGGCCUGGAAACUACUUGUAUGUUAUUGGAUCGUACCGAAUGGAAGAGUGUGCCCAUGCAGGCUGCCUCAUGGAGCUGUGCAUUCAGCUGUGCAUCACCAUGCUGGGCAAGCAGCUCAUCCAGAACAACCUGUUUGAGAUUGGAAUACCGAAGCUGAAGAAGCUGCUCCGGAGGAAGAGGUCUGACUUGGACUCAAAGCAAGAGGAGGAGCUGAACAGGUCUCUGCAUCGCCACGAGAAAGACCACAUACUGGGUCCCUUCGUCGGCCUCAGCCCUGAGUACAUGGAGAUGAUCAUCCAGUUUGGGAUGGUGACUCUGUUUGUGGCGUCCUUCCCUCUGGCUCCGCUCUUCGCUCUGCUGAACAACAUCAUCGAGAUUCGCCUGGAUGCCAAGAAGUUUGUUAUGGAGCUGCGCAGGCCGAUUGCAGCCAAAGCCAAAGACAUUGGUAUCUGGUACAACCUGUUGAGAGGCCUCAGCAAGGUAGCAGUCAUCGUUAACGCCUUUGUCAUCUCCUUCACCUCCGACUUCAUCCCAAGGCUGGUCUACCAGUACAUGUUCAGCGUUGACGGCACCAUGCACGGCUUCAUUAAUCACACUCUGUCUUACUUCAACGUCAGUGACUUCCAGCCGGGCACAGACCCUCUGCAGCCAAUGCACCUGGGCUACAGGGUAGAAAUAUGCAGGUAUAAGGACUACAGAGAGCCUCCCUGGGCCAACACACCAUAUGAACUCUCCAAGGAGUUCUGGGUCGUUCUGGCCGCUCGGCUCGCCUUCGUUGUUGGCUUUCAGAACGUGGUGAUGCUCAUGAGUGACUUUGUGGACUGGCUGAUCCCGGACAUCCCCAAGGACAUCAGCCUCCAGAUCCACAAGGAGAAGAUCCUCAUGGUGGAGCUGUUCAUGAAGGAGGAGCAGGGCAAAAGGCAAGCGGCGCGGGACAACCACAACCAGGACAACUGCAACUCCCCCUCAUCAGCCAAUCAGAGCCCGCCGCGGCCCCGCUCACGGCCAGUCUCGCACGCCAACUGCUGUUAAACCGCUACCCGCGAGAAGAAACACAGCACUGCAAACGGUCUUUUAUGGAAUCAGCUGCAUAAAGCUAACUGGUAAAGGUUAGAGGUUAAGACAUGAUCAGUUUUUAAUAAUCAGCUAAAUGUUUGGGAAUAUUUACAAGAAUGACCUGACGGUUAAAACCAAAACUCUGACGCAUUCACAUCAGAAUUCCUUCACCUUUUUAGAAAGUGAUUGUUUACCUGUUUUUAAAAAUCUUCCCAUGUUAAGAUGAACAAUUUUACAGCAGGCCAGACUUGGUCAGCCAUUAACCAAAAAAAUCCAGCAAAUAGUUAGACAACACCCAUCACUAAACCUUAUUUAUUGGAUGUACAGUACCGGAUUUGAAGGGAACAAGCCAUUAGCUUCACUUGACUCUGAUCAUCAAUCAGGACGCCUAAGAAACCAGUGCCAGACCCCACCUGCAACCUCUCAAGAUUCCUGUUGUCAAGCAUCCAGUUCAUACCUGCCACAUUUCCCACGGGACCUGAACGCAGCGUUUGUAUUCAAGACAGUGUCUGUCCAAAGGGUCCUGCUGGGAAGACUUUCCUCCUACUGGUGAAAACCCCCCCUCCUGCCAUCAAUGGGUAAAGCUCAGAUAUGCCUUUCUUUUCCCUUCUUUGCUUUUUUUUGUACAAUUAUUUACAAAAGCAGGAAUUUAUUCAUGUACUUUUUUGAAUAUGCAACAUGGUCAAGCACAUGUGCUUUGGUUUUUGGAGAUGAACAGCAAGGUUUUGUGCAGUGGCCUGUUGAUUUGUACUAUUCUCUUGGAUGAGCACCAUUUUGCUCAUAUUUUUUACAUUUGUUACAUUUUGAGUAUGAACAAACUGCCUAACCAUGCACAGUGGCAUUACUCCUAAAAACAUCAAUAAAAAUAAAGCACCGGCCACAUUAUCAAUUACGAAGAACUGGAAUUCUUAAAGCUGCCACCGACUAGAUUUACAGCAAAAAACCAUAAAGUGAUGUCAUGCUGUGGAUACUUCCUGUAAAUGUCCUACCAAACUCUGCUAUUGAGUAUAGAGAUACAUUUGCCAAAUUUGCUAUUACAUCAAAUCAUUCUAUUUCUUAAAACUGUAUCAACCAAAUUUAUUUUAUUUGUCGCUUGGGGGCAACAGACCAAGCUGAAAAAAAAAACACACAAUGACAUAUUGAAGCCAUAAAAAGACAACUGGCAAACUAUUAUUUACACAUCCAACGCAGAGCAACGUCAGGAUUCAUUGUGAGUGUUUGUGGCCACCCAGUCGCGUCAUUUUAGCUCAAGCAGCUAAUUUAUUUUUCUCAGGCUUUUUUUUUUUUAACUUGUCGUAAGCUAAACUGAUUCUUUUCUCUGUCGGUUCUGUGGUGUCGAGCAGGUGUACAGUGCGGAGUGGGUUUCUCAGAGAAAACAUCUACCUGCUGCUAGAAACCAGGCCGACGCAAAGACGUUUGUGUGCCGUAAAACCAAAACAAUGAGCUGCAAGACGCUAAAAGGCUCUGCAGGGCUAAAGGGUUCUGUUGAUAAUUCUCUCACUCUGUGGGUUUGUCACUACAAGCAACACCUUUUACACUACACAUUGUAAUACCUAUGUUUAGUGUAUAUUUUUUAAUGAUUAGCUGCUAUAAUUAACAUGACUCAAAAUGAAUGCUACUCUGUGUCUGCUGGACUUGUAAAUGCUUGUAAACUGUGUGCUAAAGUUCCCCAUAUCAACUGAGAAAGGGAUGAUAUGUCAGUGUUGGGUUUUCAGCUCGCGUCUGCUGCCCCACAGCGGCCACAAAAUCACUUAAGGCAAGUUUCAAUAUCUGCAAGGGAGCUCUCUGUUCACAGGAAGAGAGUCCAGCGUUCAGUCUUUUUUCCUCACUUGUUCCUUUGGUGUCUUUUGGAUCAUGUACAGUCCAGGGCAGAGUGCCCCCUUUACUGAUGGCACCUUACAGAGUUUCACCAGACCGGAUGAAUGACCCUUGACAGAAUUUCCCAUCCGUCACUUUUGAACCACCAAAUGUCGGCUUAUGCAGUUUUAAAGAGCCCAGAAGAUGACAAGUAAAUGUAUUUGUCACACUUAUUAAAACCAUGAAUGGCAUUCACGCGUUUGUCUAUAGUUAGAGACGCUCAGCUGUGUUUAUUCAAUAAUUAACGACAGGUGUGCUGAUAGAUUUAAGGUUAUGCACUAAAAUUGGAAUUAAAGUAGUAAUGUUUGAAGUCACAUGUAGUGAGUGGUACAAGGAAGUGCAUAUAGAACAUCAAAAAACUGCAUCUUGGAACAAAUGGGAUUGAGGAAUUUUGCCAUAUUAAUAGCAAUGUGAGCUCUUUAUUUAAAAAGACUCAAAGUAGGAAUUUUCAGAGUCUCGAUGACUCUGGAAUGGGCACCCCAGUGUUGUUGAGCGAAGCGACUGCUUUACUGACUCAUACCCUGCCUUAUAUUCUCCCUAAUCUAUCGCUGGCUCAUUUAAGAUUUCCAUUUAGCAGUUUUAAGGGGAUACAGUGUAUCAGUCGAACCAGAAAGGCAACACUGUUACUAUACUAUAAUCUUGCCUUAGAUUAACCAAAUAAAUUCACUCCGCAUUUCCUUAAAUUGCAACUCUUUAACAAAUCAAGCACAAAUAAUAAUAAUAAUAAUAAUACUAAGUUGUUUUUUUAUUUAUCAAACUGCAAAAACACAUGUGGGAGUGAAGAACGUAAAUGUAGGGUGGACUGAGAUAAGGCUUAACAAGUACAGUCUACACUCAUCCAUGUGUCUAGUCCCGCCCCUUGCUGUAAAUAUAUUCAACUCCCCCUGAUUUAAAGGGGCUGUAUUCGAUAUUCAGAACAUUAAACAUUAAAAUAGCUCUGUAUCGUCCAAGUUUCAAACCGGGGACAGUUCCGGUGCCGCCAGAAUUUCCGCCGGAUGUCCCUCAUUUCACCUUCCUCUUUCUUUGUGUUGCCAUUUUAAACUCCGGUGGAUUUAUGAGGACUUUGGUUACCUGGUCCUCAGAUCUCUGCAGGUUAAAUCCAGACAGCUAGCUAGACUAUCUGUCCAAUCGGAGGACUAUGGUUACCUACUCCUCAGAUCUCUGCAGGGUAAAUCCAGACAGCUAGCUAGACUAUCUGUCCAAUCUGAGUUUUCUGUUGCACGACUAAAACAACUUUCGAACGUAGACACGUUCCACCAAAACAAGUUCCUUCCCGAGGCGAUUUUGCAGAGGCACCGUUGCUCUGUCCGGCGCUUGGCACCGCCCAAGACGAUUGGGAUUGGUUUAACGAAAAGCCAAUAAACCAGAGCACGUUUUGAGCACGUCUGGCAAUGCGAGAAUAACCUGCCGGUAAACGCGGACCUCUGGGUACUGUCAUCUGCAUGUACAGUAUUUUCCCCUAGACUUCUAUAGAAACAUAUUUUUGGAGUCUCCCCCUGCUGGAAAUAAGAUAUAAUUUGAGUUUAAAGCACAACAUUGGGUUCACUUUUCAGACCCAGAAGCUUCGUCCAUUAUUUUGAGUCUGUGAUUCCUUGUUUGUCGAUAACAGGUCUGGUGUCAGAGUUGUGUGGAGGCAAUCCCAGACCACUUUAUUUUCUGAAUAUCCACUACAGCCCCUUUAAGCCCUCAACCCAGACUGAUAGAAUGUAUUAUAAAAUGUUCUCUUGUAGUUUAAAAUGUUGUAAAUUUUACCUUUUUUUUUUAUUUCGUAACAAUGCAUUUCUAAGUGCAUUUAAUGUAUUGAAAGGGAAUUAUCAGCCCGCAGGGGACCACUGAUCCGUGUGAUGUACUUUAUCUUAGUGUUUUAUUUUAGAAUCCCUGAUCUAAUGUUCUAGAAGCCAUCGAUGUGGACCUAUGUCGCUGUGUCUGGGAAGAUACCUGGGAAAACAUCUUCCAGCACAGACUAUAAAGACAUUUGAACGCAAAAAAAUGGAUAUGACUCGCUCUUUUGAGCAAAGACUGCACAUCUUAUUUCUAGCUAAUCUUAAUACUAUUACUACUCUGUAUGUAAGUAGGGUUAGUGUUGAUAUUCAGUGAUAGAUUAGGCCCUACAUGCUGCCACUGGGCUGUGUGGAGCCUGUGUUAGCUAUAAUAUUUCCUUCCUCUGAAUUUCUUAUAACCUGAUGUCACACGUGUCCCUCCUUCCUGAGAUGUCCUCCUGCCUGACUGUUGCCAUGUUGAAUUUGCAGCAUCAAUAAGCACGUUGUGACAUGCUUAUAUCUAUUCUAAUUUAUGUCGAAGCACAUUUCACAACAGGCGUGAGUCGAAAUGCAUGUAGAACCUAUUUGUCUGUCUCUGAUAAUCUGUCUUUUUUUGUUGUUGUUUAAACUCACUGUAAAUAAAUGAGAGAUGAACAGC